GGCCAAACGUGCGCUGCGCGCGAGCCUGGACGCCGGCUCCGACGGCUCCGUCACGCUCGCCAGCUCUCCGGCGCCUCGGCGCUGCGCACGCUCGACCUGAUGUUCGAGGCGGCGCCGAGCGGAGGCUUCCAGUACCGGCUGUCUGGGCAGUCCGCGUCGGCCGCAGAGGGCGGUCCCUCGGCCCCGCCGGAGCGCGCCAUUCCGCUCGACACACUCGACCUCAUGUUCGAGGCGGACGGCGGCGCCUUCACGUACCUACCGCCUCCGGCGCGAGCCAACGCAGAGAGAGGGUCCGAGCCUCGCACGCUCGACCGUCUGCUGACGCCGGCGCGCUGCUCGGCGUCAUCGGCCUCCUCCUCCGUCUCUGGCUGCACCGGCUCUGGCCGCACCUCCCGCGCCUCUGGAUCCUCCGACACUCCGCCUCGGCUGUCUGGCGGCGCCAGCGUCCGCGGCUCGGGCGCGCGUGCGGCCCGGCAGCGUGGGACGGGGCUUCCCCAGGUGGACGAGAACUCGGUGCAGGUGAGCCCUCCAGGCACGCCCAGCGCCGCCGCCGGCGCAGCAGGCCGCACGCUCGACUCGCUCUUUGGCUCGAUGAGUGCCGGAGACAGGGACAGCGGGUCUGUGGGUGGGUCCGGACCGCUGUCGCGCCUCUCGCUACCGCGCUCAGGCAGCGGCGCCAGCGGCGGCCCGUCUCACGCAGCCCAACUGACGCUGGACGAGCGGCUCGGUGGCAGCCGCGGCUCGGCGCACGCGGCGCUCCUCCACGCUCGACGAGCGGGUGGCUGGCCGUAUCAGUGAACAACGAAUGGAUGGUGAGUGGUGAGUGAACAGGCGCACCUCACGCUCGACGAGCGGAUGGGCAGCCGCGGCUCCUCCUCCUCCUGCCGCAACUCCUCCCCCUCCACCGCCGGCAGCCGCCAUCUCGGCCCACCUCGGGCAUUCUCGGGCCACCAGCAGGCCGGCGCGGGCGCAGGCGGCGCUGCCGCAGACGGGGAUGGGGAUGCGGCGAUGGACCGCGCGGACGGCGGGCAGGGCGCCCGUGCCGCGGGCGACGCCGAGGCGGCCGAGGUGCGGCCGGCGCCGCCUCCUGUGCGCCGGGGUGUGCGGCGCAGCGCGCUGGCGGACGCCCUACAAAAUGCGCCUCCCGGCAGAUAUGGCUAUGAUAUGGGACAAAAGCGUCGAAAA